CACAAACAAACAAAGGUUUUGUUAGUGCAGUAGGUGUCAGGGAGUCAUGGCGAUCUUUAACCACUUGUUGCUUGUUUUGUCUUUGGCGCCACUGGUACUGAGCUACCCUUUCUACCCACCAACAUGCUACACCAAGGUACUGAGCAUGGCACGAGAUCUCACCCAGUGGGCUGCAGAUUUAAAGAGGGAUCCUGAAACUAGCUUCUGCAUGCAACACAUGCCACCUCUGUAUCUUGAUGUCCAUAAUGCUUGCGUGAUGUACAAAAUGAGAACCUACAUCUCCCUGGUGGAAGGCCUGCGUGAGCGCCGUUGCGCUUACACCAGAGAAGUGAGGAAGCUGGGUGUCACUCUGAGACAGCUCUUCAUCAUCAUGUCAGAGAAAUGUCAUGGGGACUUGGUGUUCACGAUCUAUGACUGUGCGGCACUGGAGCACUAACCUACCCAAAAUGACUAUAUUACUGCUCAAAGUCUUUCAAAGGAGAGUGGAGAGACAGCAAUCUGUCAAUGUACAUUCUCCAAGCGUCUGCAGUGAUUGAAAGACACAAGGCUGAAGUUAAGUUUAUAUCUAUAGUAACUCUGGUUGUGUAACUAUGUUAAAUAAACAUACUGUAAUAAUCUGUUUUCUAACUUUAAUGGGGUUUAUUAGUAUCACUAAUUAUCACAUCUUUCCUAUGGAAUCUGACUGGAAACAUUUCACAUAAUAAACUUUAUUAAAAUGC